GCUAAGCACUUCUGUUGCAUGUUGUAUGAGCUGCGCGCGCAGCGCCACGGCCCAUGUUCUUCGGGUGUCUCGCGUUGGCUGUCGGGAUCACUUUGCCGCUGUGUGGAAAUGUCCGCCAUGUUUUCCAUGGCGCAGGGAGCAGAUCGGCCGAGAGAAAAUAGGUUUUAAAACCAGCAAAACUCGAUAAGAAAUGGCUUCUUGUACUGGAUUCCGUGCCAAUGGGAGCCCAUGAGUCAGACCGUGGUGGAAAUAUUCGGGUGCCCUGUGGCUUUGGACCGAGUUUUUGACUGAAUUCUGGCAGGAUAAAUGUUUCCUCCACAUCUUGUGUUAUUGUGAUAGGCGAAAACAAUGAGUAAACUAUCGUUCCGGGCGCGAGCGCUAGACGCCGCCAAACCUCUCCCCGUAUACCGCGAUAAAGACCUUCCGGACCUUAACGACUGCGUCUCCAUCAACCGAGCUGUCCCGCAAAUGCCAACGGGGAUGGAGAAAGAAGAAGAGUCGGAGCACCACUUGCAGAGGGCCAUUUCGGCGCAGCAGGUGUUCCGGGAGAAGAAGGACAGCAUGGUCAUCCCGGUGCCGGAGGCCGAGAGCAACAUCACCUACUACGACCGUCUGUACAAAGGGGAGUGCCAUGUUCCCAAGCAGCUCAUCCACAUCCAGCCGUUCAGCCUGGACAACGAGCAGCCCGACUACGACAUGGACUCCGAAGACGAAACCCUUCUCAACAGGCUGAACAGGAAGAUGGAGAUUAAACCGUUCCAGUUUGAAGUCAUGGUCGACAGGCUAGAAAAAGCCAGUGCCAACCAGCUCGUCACUCUGCAAGAAGCCAAACUGCUGCUGAACGAGGAUGACUGCCUCCUGAAGUCGGUCUACGACUACUGGGUGAGGAAGAGGAAGAACUGCCGGGGGCCUUCUCUCAUCCCGCUCAUCAAACAGGAGAACCGGGACGGCUCCACCAACAACGACCCCUACGUGGCGUUCCGCCGGCGGACCGAGAAGAUGCAGACCAGGAAGAACCGUAAGAACGACGAGGCAUCCUAUGAGAAGAUGCUGAAGCUGAGGAGGGAGUUCAGCACGGCCGUCACUAUCCUGGAGAUGAUCAAAAGAAGAGAGAAGUCCAAACGAGAGCUGCUUCAUCUGACCUUGGAAGUGGUGGAGAAAAGGUAUCAGAUUGGCGACUUUGGAGGGGAGAUUCUCAACCAGCUGGCCAUUCCUCGGACAGAGAAGUCCAUUUACACCUCGCCAAUAUGUCUGCCGAAUGGAAAUCGCCACAAAAUAGAGAAUAAAACAAAGCGUCCGCAUCACAUCGCGGUCAAGGACGAGCUGCCCUUCGACUUCGUCCGGCCCAAGAAGAAGUACCAGAAGAAGACCAAGCUGGACGUGCUGCGGCAGCAGUGUCACCCCGUCCACCGGGCCGCCAUCAGCAAGCGGGACAUCAAGCAGUACGACUUCCACAGCUCCGGGGAGGAGGACUACCCUCAGAUCCAGUCCCCGGCCUCAGAACCCGAUGAGGAGAACGAUCCGGACGGGUUGUUUGGCUUCAGGAGGAAAGCUGGGUGUCAGUACUAUGCUCCUUGUGAGGACCGCAGCGGCUCCCCCCUGUGGGAGCGCCCCCCGGAGGUGGCGGGGCAGCGGGAGCUGCGGCUCAGACACUGCCUCACCGCGCUGUCCGUCCCCCGCCGCUGCGUGGGCCUCGCCCGCCGCAGGGUGGGCAGAGGCGGCCGGGUGAUUUUGGACCGGGCGUCGUCCGAGCACGACCGCGUCCUGAAGCGGCUGGACCCGGACGUGUUCGCCUCCGCCGGGGACGGCUCGGACCCGGCCGCGCGGCCCGCAGCCUCCGGCCCGCUCCCCGCCGCCAAGGCCGGCUCCCUGGCCGAGAUCCUGGAGAACAUCCGGACGUGCCGCUGGCGCUGCUUCAGGCCGCGGCCCCGCCCAGCCCGGGACGCCGGCGACGACCACGACGCCGCCGACGGGGGCGCGGGGAGGAGAGCGGCGGCGGCUCCGAGCGACCGGCUCACGGACACUUCCGCGGCCGCGCCCAGCGCUCCCAAGAACCCGCCUCCAGGCGGCAUCACUGAGGAGCAGUACCACACUCACCAGCAGCAGCUGGCUCAGAUGCAGAAGCAGCAGCUGGCCCAGCUGCGACACAAGCCGCUGUCCCAGCAUGCCUCUCCGCCAGUGCGUCUCAACGCGCAGCAGGUGCCGGGCCCGUCGGGCCGAGCGUCGAAAACCCUGGACUCGGCCAGCGCCCACUUCGCCGCCUCGGCCGUGAUCAGCGCCUCCGCGCCGGGGGCCCCCGAGGCCGGCAGGGAUCCCCGAACCCACGGGGUCAACGGCGUCCUCCAGGCUUCAGGGACCUCCAAACCGCCCCACUCCACCAGCAGCACCGCUUCGCCCCCCUCGGCCCCGGCGCAGCUGCUCCGGGCCGGCUCGGCCCCCGGCGCCCCCCUGUCCCUGCCGGGCGGGGCGCACCUGAGCAACGUCAGCGCCGUGUCCCCCGUCAACCUGCCCCUGGUGGGCCGGGCCUCGGCCCCCUCGCCGUCCGCCUUAAAGCUGGCCACCGUCGCCGCCACCGCCCUGGAGCGGCCCCCCAAAGUCACGCCCGCCAGCGGCAUCGGCGGCAUGGCCAGGUCCGCCCCGCGGCCGCAGCCCGUCUGAGGGCCAGCCGGGUGUGUGGAGAGAACCACGAGCGCGAGAGGCUGGCUCUGAACGGAAUGUCGGACACCACAGUCGCCAUGGAGGUCACAUAGCCGUCAGCGCUCACAUGACGCAUGACAGAACCACUCCACUGACCCUGAAUGAACUCAGACUUCCACAUCCUCUGUGUCUUUGCUCAUUUUUACAUGGACCUAUAUUCAACUGCAGCAUAUCAAAAAUAUUAAGAAAAUUUGUCUAUAUAUAAAUAUAUAAAUAUAUAAAUGUACAUUUUUGUAAAAUUGGGGAUAUCACUACCUUGUAAAAUAGUAUAUUUGUAUCAUUAGUAUGUUAUUUCUGUUACUUGAAUUCUAGAUAUUUUGUCAUCAUGCUUUUGCACUUGAAAAUGCAACCGACAGAGGAGGAAACAUUAGGUGCAGCGAUUCUGUUUGGGGGGAUCAAGAGAAUGGGUCCUGCCUCACUUGUUUUAACUAUUUAUUUUGCAAUGUUUACAUUUUGUAUCUUGUACAAAUAAAUCAAAUUUUGUGUCUACAAAACAUGGA